AUGCCUUCUACGUACAAGAAAGAAAAACCGUGGGAUGUUGACGGAACAGACCACUGGACGGUCGAAGAAUUCAAACCUGAACAUAAUGUUGCCGGCACCUUCACCGAAGAGUCCUCCUUUGCGUGCCUGUUCCCCAAAUACAGAGAAGUGUACCUCAAACAGGCUUGGCCUCUCAUCACCAAGGCUCUAGAAAAGAAGGGAGUUGCUUGUACACUUGAUUUAGUUGAAGGUCGUAUGGAAGUUAGGACGACGAGAAAGACAUUCGACCCUGCUGCUAUCUUGGAUGCUCGCGACCUUAUAAAGCUGUUGGCUCGCAGUGUUCCCGCCCCACAGGCUAUUAAGAUCUUACAGGAUGACACGGCAUGCGACGUCAUAAAGAUACGAGGCCUGGUCCGAAACAAAGAACGAUUUGUGAAACGAAGGCAGCGUCUGCUCGGACCCAAUGGCUCUACUCUGAAAGCGCUUGAACUUCUCACCAGCACUUAUAUUCUGGUUCAAGGAAACACGGUCAGCGCAAUGGGUGGGUAUAAGGGUCUCAAGGAAGUUCGAAGAGUGGUUGAGGAUUGCAUGAACAAUAUCCAUCCUAUCUACCAUGUCAAGGAACUUAUGAUUAAACGAGAACUUGCUAAAGACCCGGAGCUCAAGAACGAGAGUUGGGAUAGAUUUCUUCCACACUUCAAGAAAAAGACUCUUAGCAAGCGACAUGUUCCUCACAGAAUCACCGACAAGACCAGUAAGGUCUACACACCAUUCCCUCCACCCCAAGAAAAGAGCAAAAUCGAUUUGCAAAUCGAAAGUGGAGAAUACUUCCUCGCCAAGCAGGCUAAAGAUCGUGCGAAAGAGCAUGAAAAGCGCGAGAAACAGAAAGUGAAGAAAGAAGAAAAGCAACGCACUCGAGCAGAGACAUUUGUUGCGCCGGAAGAAGGCGUCGAUAAGGGUACCGAGCUCAAAAAAAAGAAGAGAAAGAAUACAGAUGAGAACGACCACCCCUCGACGACCAAGAAGGCCAAACACCGGAAUGGUUGA